UCACGACACCCAAACUGGAUAUAUAUUUGUUUGCGAAACUCCAUUCAUCAGUCCAAGUGCGAAUCUAAAGGAGUCAAGUUCAAGAGCCGAUCAUGGAGACAUUCACUGUGACACGUUUGCUUGUUUGCGUUGUUUUUGUUGCCUUGAUCAUGCCCAUGCACGCGAAACCGACAGCGAAACCUGAAGAUCGUGAAGAAGAAGAAGGUCGGUUAGUACCAAGUGAAGAAAUGGAUUUAGUACCUGUAGGAGUGAUGGCUGAGGAGAAGAAGGAUGAUGGCGAAAUCAUGGAUACGGCUAAUGCAAGAUAUUAUUCGGAUUAUUCCUUCAGGCCAGUUUAUACCUACAGGAGGGUCCAGAGUAACAGAAGGCGAGUGUACGUUCCAAGGAGGAGAUUUAGUAGUUACGAUGAUGGUGACAGAUUUCCCACGGUUGCGUAACUUUGUUAAUAGUUUUAUGACACCAGUGCCAGUUUUAUUGUGAUUUUAUUUAUUUUCUUAAGUUUUAUUCAAUUAUUUAUUGUUUUAUAAUGUAUAGUUUAUUUAUGAUCAAUAAAUAAUUUAAGAAUUAUUA